AGGAUGCAAAGGCCACUUUGAUAUUUUGUAUACCAACACAUGUAGAUAUGCUAAGACGUUAAAUAUAUUUCAAGAAAAAAUUCUGCAUCUCAGCUUUGUGAUAUUGGUGAAAAGGCGUAUUACUAGGAUGAAGUUUGGUUUGGGCUCUUUCUUCCCCAUUUCCGUACAUUUUCUACUUGUAAUACUAUGACUUGAUUUCCAUGAUAUUUUUACUUUAUUCCCAAUAUAUAUUAAAUAAUUUCCAUACAUUUUCUACUCAUAUUAUGACUUAAUUCCCGUAAUAGUUUGACUUUUUUCCCAUAAUAUUAUAACUUACUCCCCAACUUCAUUUUCUAAAACGUACAACUUGUUUGUUUCUGAUUACGACUUAAAAGAAACCUCUUUAAAAAGAAAAUUCAACUCCAUGCUACUAAAAUGACGUUAUUUUUCCUCAUAAUAUUACGAGUUUAUUCUCUUAAAAUUGUAAAAAAUUUUCUCAUUCAAAUGUGACUUUUUUUUUCAUCUUUAAUAUUUUUGGACUUUACUCUUGUUCAAUUACAGCUGUUUUUGCCAUUUCCGCUGCUCUUUUCCAACUAUUUUUGUAAUUAUGACCUUAUUCCCAUAAUAUUUUCACUUUAGUUCAUAACGUAACUUCUUUUCCCCAAACUAAUUUCCCAAAAGGCACUUUAUUUUGUUUUGUUUCUUUCUCAUAAUAUGACUUUCCCAAAAAUAUUUUUCUUUAAUAUUUCAACAUGAUGCUAAAUGAUCUUAUUUUUCCUCAAUAUUUACGGCGUUAUUCUCGUAAAAAUUACAACUUAGAUUACAACUCUCGUUUGAUUACAAUUUUUUUUUCUCUUCAUAUUUUGACUAUUCUGGUAAAAUUAUUGCAGAUUAUUCCCAUUCGUGCUGCUGAGAUAUAUAUAUAUAUAUAUAAUAUAUAUAUAUUUUUUUUGGUUUCUUGUUAAAUUAUAUUGUUAGAAUGUAUGACGGGCUGCAAAUGGCCCCCAGGCUACCCCUACUGUCACAUAAUGAUUAUGCACUUCUCUCACUUUGGCUUCUCCCCACCCCACCUCCGCUGUGACAAUGAACACAUUGUGCAAUGGUGGUGUUUGGCUCUGUGUGUGCAGUGUUUCCCACAGGCCUGCAAUCUACUUGUGGUGGCCGUAGCGGGUAAUCAUCACAUUUACAUAAUUGGCCAUGAUGCAUUUGCAAAAAGUAACUUAAAAAACAUGAAAGCAAAACAAAUAUGUCUCCAACUACAAAUUAACGUUCUUCUGUCGCUUCUUUUCGUUGUAUUUGUUGUCCAAACAAGACUGCGCCGCCUGUGAGUGCUUUCAGACGGAGCUGGGGCCCACAACAGCACCCGCUGCUCGUUGAGAAGAGCGAUACGUGCUUUCAUGUCAGAUCCGCCAACGGUCUCUUCACUAGAUUUGUCGGUAGUCGCUUUUUUGAGUAUCUUAAGUCGCUAAGUUGGCAACACCGAUCCCUCCUGUUCCAUCUUGUUAUAUUCUCUGGCAGACCAGGUGCAUUAUAUAUAAUGUGUUUAUGAGCACAUUAAAUGACCACAAAUGAAUGUUUGGGAAACACUGGUGUGUGUGUGUGUGUGUGUGUGUGCUGCUAUUCACAGCAUUUUACACCUCAGUGCAGUGCACAGGUUCGAAAAGACACGGCGUGCCUGUUCAACUGAUGAGGAAGAAAAUAUUUUCAUUCCUUUUUCUGCAUUUGUGCUGUUUUAUGUCAAUGGAGAAGAAUUAAUGAAUGAGGAGGAGGAGGAGGAGGGUGGCCGUGCAGUUGCCCACAGACCACAAUGGUCGGGGUGAGAAAGUGACGUGUCAUGCGGUUUUGUAUGUGUCACCUGAUCACAGGCUAGUUAUCACUUUUAGGAGAGACUUUAGACCUACAUAACAGCCAGUGAUUUUCACCAUGUAAACAUCACGACAGCAAAGAAGGGAAUUGACCACAACAUUAGGUACACCUGUGCAGUCAAAACGGAUCCAAUCUCCGCAUGUUCAGUUUUAAGGAUAUGACAUUUUUUUCCUUAGGAACGCAACCAAUACUAAUUGUUUUACUCUAGUUCAUAUGUUGACCGAGAACUAAUUCAAGAGAUUCAAGAUUCAAGAGAGAUUCAAGAGAGUUUUAUUGUCAUGUGCAUGGUAAAACAGCAGUUAUACCAUGCAAUGAAAAUCUUAUUCUGUUCAUUCUCCCAAGAAAAGAAAGAAAACACAAGAAAGAAUAAGAACAUAAGAAACAUAAACAUAUGUACCAAUAAAUUAAGCAACAACAACAGAAGAGACAUUAAUACAAAUAAAUAAAUAAAGUGCUAUGAGUGUGUGCAUGUGUUGCGUGUAUGAGUGCUUCGUUGAGAAGCCUGAUGGCCUGCGGGUAAAAGCUGUUUGCCAGCCUUGUGGUCCUGGACUUCAAACUCCUGUAGCGUCUGCCUGACGGUAGGAGUGUGAAUAAUGAGUGUUGUGGAUGUGUGCUGUCCUUGAUGAGGUUGUGUGUUCUGCGUAGGACUCUAGAUUUAUAAAUGUCUUGCAGUGAGGGGAGGGCUGCCCCAACAAUGUUCUGUGAGGUCUUGAUCACCCGCUGGAGUGCCUUCCUAUCACGUGUUGUACAGUUACCGUACCAAACAGUGAUGGAGGCGGUAAGGACACUUUCGAUAGUGCAUCUGUAGAAGCAACUCAGGAUUGUGGUGGACAUGCCAAAUUUCCUCAGUCUUCUCAGGAAGUACAGUCUCCUUUGGGACUUCUUCAGAAUUUGUUGGGUGUUGUGAGACCAGGUGAGGUCCUCGCUGAUGUGUGUGCCAAGGAACUUGAAGGUUUUCACCCUCUCCACCUCAGUCUCAUCAAUAAACAGGGGUUUAUGCGGCUCCUUUUCCCUUGUUCUUGGGUCGAUGAUCAUCUCUUUAGUCUUAUCUGUAUUGAGAAGGAGAUUGUUAUCACGACACCAAGCUAUGAGGUCCGCCACCUCUCUUCUGUAUGAUGUUUCAACACCACCAGUGAUCAGACCGAUGACUGUAGUGUCAUCCGCAAAUUUAAUGAUGCUAGUGUUGUUCUGGGAGGCCACGCAAACGUAGGUGAAGAGCGUGUAGAGGAGCGGACUAAGCACACACCCCUGUGGGGUCCCAGUGCUCACAAUUCUUGAGCUGGAUGUGCGGUUGUGGACUCUGACUGACUGGGGUCUGCCUGUGAGAAAGUUAAACACCCAGUUACAGAGGGAGGGAGACAGGCCAAGUGUGAGGAGCUUGUUUGUGAGUUUGUGGGGGGCUGACUGUGUUAAAUGCAGAGCUAUAGUCUAUAAAUAGCAUUCUGACAUAUGUGUCCUGGCCCUGUAGGUGAGAAAGGGCUGUGUGGAUGGCAGUGUUGACUGCAUCAUCCGUGGACCGGUUCUGGCGAUAUGCAAACUGUAGAGGGUCCACAGUUGCCGGGAUGCUCUUUUUGAUGUGGGUCAUGACUAUUCUUUCAAAGCACUUCAUUACAAUAGGAGUGAGUGCUAUAGGGCGAUAGUCAUUCAAGCAGGUCACGUUGCUCUUCUUGGGUACGGGCACUAUGGUGGUGGACUUAAAGCAGGUCGGUACAGAUGCUUGUGCGAGCGACAGGUUAAAUAUGUCAGCAAGCACAUCGGCAAUCUCUGAUGAGCAAACCCGAAGUGCACGUCCUGAGAUGUUGUCUGGGCCUGGUGCUUUUCGUGGGUUUGUUUUGUUCAGAAUCCUACGCACAUCUGCCGAUGUCACCAUGAGAGGUGAGUCCUGUGUGCUCCCCAAGUCCAGCCACCCUCUCUGCUCAUCAGGAGUUUGGGUGUCAAAGCGGGCAUAGAACUCAUUCAGCUCAUCUGGAAGUGUGGUUUGGCUGGAUGUGGCUACGCUACUCCGUUGUCGAUAGUCUGUGAUGUGCUGGAGCCCCGCCCACAUGCCGGGGGUCUGAGGUGGAAUAGUAGACCUCCAGCUUCUGUCUGUACUGUCUUUUGGCCUCUCGUAUGGACCUCCUCAGGUCAUAUCUGGCCUUUUUGUAGUCAUCAGCGGUGCCCAUGACAAAUGUAGUCGAACGAGCACGUAGCUUAGCCCUUACAUCACAGUUCAUCCAGGGUUUUUGGUUAGGGUAUUUUCUGUAAUACUUGGUGGUGCUAACAGUCUCUAUGCAUGUGCUGAUGUAGCCAGUAACAGCAGAAGCAUAUUCAUCCAAAUCAACAGUACAAUCUUCCCUCCCCGCUGCAGUUUUAAACACAUCCCAGUUUGUGCAGCCAAAGCAGUCCUGAAGUACUUGAUCAGUUUCUUCAUUCCACACUUUAACAGCUGUACUUACAGGGGGAGCUUGUUUGAGAAGUUGUCUGUAUGUUGGAUAAAGGAAUAUAGAGAUGUGGUCGGCCUUUCCAAAGUGGGGUCUUGGAACAGCCUUCAAAGCACCUUUCAUGUUGCUGUAGACUUGGUCCAGGAUGUUAUUUUCCCUUGUGGGAAAGCUCACAUGCUGGUAAUAUUUGGGGAGAACAGUCCUGAGGUUGCAGUGGUUGAAAUCGCCAGAUAUAAUGACUACAGCAUCCGGGUGUUUGGUCUCGUGUUUAUCAAUGAUGUCAUGCAGGAGGCCCAGUGCGUUAGCGGUUUUAGCUCGUGGUGGAAUGUAAACAGCAGUUAAAUACACAGCGCUAAACUCACGAGGCAAAUAAAAAGGUCAGCAUUUCACCAUCAGCAGCUCAAUGUCUUGCGAGCAGUGCUUUUCCAUCGUCUGUACUUCUGUGCACCACCGUUUGUUUACGUAAACACAGACGCCGCCACCUCUGUGUUUACCGGACUUUACCAGACGCUAAAGUCCGAUCUCCCCGGUAAGCAGCAAAUGUUUCCAACUGGAUCGCCGAGUCCGGUAUAUCCUCCGUCAGCCAGGUUUCUGUGAAGGUGAGCACACAGCAUUCCCUGAUCUCACGAUGAGCUGUAACCCUUGCUCUUAGUUCGUCCAUCUUGUUUUCGAGGGAGCGGACGUUGGCUAGCAGCAGGCUUGGUAGCGGUGGCCUAGUCGCUCUAGCUUUUAGCCUAGCAUGCAGGCCGGCCUGCUUGCCUCGUUUACGCCUCGGAUGCUUUGCUCGCCGGGUAUUCAGCUCACCAGACCCGCAGGCUGCUGCGUUCUCCCGGCGCAGAAGAAAGGCAAAGUCUGAGAGGCUAAAUUAAAGUUCAUGGUGAACCCUGCCAAUGUUCAAAAGUGUCUCUCUGUUGUAAUGUACUGCGUGAGUCUGUUGAAUGUCCAAAAUGAACAAUAAAAUAGAAAAAAAACGGGAGAGUGUCACAGAGACGUCUGCCACGGAGGACGCCAUCUUUGAAGACUUUGAAGACUAAUUGGCAGAUACCUGGCAGUAUCUAUUUCAGUCAACUAUGGCCAUGAAUUUAUAGUUAGAUAUAAUGGCAGACUUUUAGGUCUAGCUCAUGUUUAACGUCUUUAUUUGUUGGUGCAGGUGUACCAAACGUGGUGGCUGGUGUGUGUACAGUUUUAAGACACACUCUUCACAACAAGUUAGGGAUAUGACAUUUCAGGAUGAACCUAAAAUGCACCGUAACCUUCACAGGUGAACCCAUUGUGACAUUUUCUAAACCUUUGAAUGCAUAUGUCCCAACUGUUCAAUGUUUCGGUACUUUUUGCACAGCUUACUGUUCUCUAACAAGGAGAUGAACGGCAAAAUUCACAACAGAUGAACUAGUUUUUCAGUCUCUCUGUAUCUCCAAUGCAUCCUGCUGAAGGCACUCUGUUAGACUCGAAUCUCAGCAGCCACUUCCCUCUGAGAACAUCCUGUUUGAAGCAAGCAGGCAAUUGUCCAGGAAAUGUACUCAUGGAUCACACACACGCACGUUAUGAAGUUUGCCAUUCAGGACAGCAAUCUUGUGCAAAAAUUACUUACUCAUUAAAAUAGACAGUUUAGAGAAAGUCAAAAAGUUAACCAGUAAAGGUGGGUCACAUACACGCCCAUUUCAUUGUAACCUUUAAAUUGUUUCAGUAGUAUAUGUUUGAACUUAUAUUACACAGUAUUGUAACGUUCUACAACUGCCUCAACGGUGUUUUACCACCGGAAAAGGUGGGGUUCACUGCACGAGGCCGCUUCGUAGACUCCAUGUCCCACAAUGCAACUUGACGUCAUCGUCCGAACCGCCUAGCUUGCGCUUUAAUGAGGCUUUGUUUUUGACGCGUGGACAUGGGUUGUCCCUGAAGUCUACGGCUAGCUGUGUUUAUCUUUUUUCUUUAGUAUUUUAAGAUUAUGAGACAAAAAUGGAGUAUAAGUGGAACCACAACACGCGUGACAAGAAAAGAGAUGAAAACGGAAGUAAGGAGCCAACGCCGACGCCACAUAACAUACAUGUUUGGAGACGUGAGUUUCACAAGGUGUUUUUUUUGUAUUUUGCUUACGUAGGCGCCAGUUGUUCCGUGCUUGGGUGAAAAGAAAGGAAGUACUUUCGGUCACGGGUUCUUCAAGCCACUCAUAAUCACAGCUUGAUUAUUCAUCUUUGCAUCCGAGGCGUGUACAUUGCAAAGAUCGUUUAAUAGCCUUAACACUAGGGGACGACUUUAAUGCGGCAGAUCUGCGGAUGCUGAGAGCCAGCUGUUCUUUUUUUGUUGUUGAAUCCAUCCACUGUUUACUUGUAAAUACGACAAGGACCGGGAUCUAAAACAACUGUAAAUAAAGCCAUUUUUAUCACCAGUCCAAGUCAUCAUGGAGCAGCCUGUGCCCGCCGAGAGGACCUUGUCAGUGUGCAGCCGUUUGUGUUACGCUGCCGGACAUUUUUUAAAUGACUUGUGCGCCUCCAUGUGGUUCACCUACCUGCUGGUCUACCUGCACUCCGUCCUGGGCCUACAGAGCACUUUUGCAGGUGUGCUGCUGCUCGUCGGCCAGGUAGCAGAUGGUGUGUGCACCCCCCUGGUUGGGUAUGAAUCUGACAGAUCUACUGGCAGACAUGGGAAGAGAAAAAACUGGCAUUUGCUGGGAACCAUUUGUGUUCUUCUGUCUUUCCCGUUCAUUUUCAACCCGUGCUUGGCCUGCUCCACUAACACCCCCCAGUGGGCCGAGGUCAUCUACUUCGUCCCCUUCAUCAUUAUCUUCCAGUUUGGAUGGGCGGCCACUCAGAUCUCACACCUGUCCCUCAUUCCAGAGCUGGUUUCUGGUGAGAGCGCCAAGGUGGAGCUCACCGCGUUCAGAUACGCCUUCACUGUGGUGGCCAACAUCACCGUGUACGCUGUGGCCUGGUUGCUCUUUCAUUUCCAGGCUCAACAUGACAUGGACAUCACAGACAACCUGGGCCGGGCCGACAUCCCUCUGUUUAGGAUGCUGGCUUUCAUCCUACUGGCCAUUGGAGCAGUGUUCUCCUUAAUAUUCCACGCCGGCACAAAAGAAAAGUCAAGAACAGUGGGAGAAGAUCCGCUGCUCGCUCCUUCCCCUGAUGAGGAAGUGUUGCCUCUUCAAGUGUUUCAGUGGCAACACUGGCUAAAAGAGCCUUCUUUCUACCAGGUGGCCUUUCUGUACAUGUGCACAAGACUGAUAGCCAACCUGUCCCAGUCGUACAUCUCUGUUUACCUCACCAACUCUCUGAUGCUACCAAAGAACUUUAUUGCCAUUAUACCGCUGGUGAUGUACGUCAGUGGAUUCGUUAGCUCGCUGGCUAUGAAGCCCAUCAGCAAGCUUGUAGGCAUCAGUAUGAUGUAUUUUGCCGGCCUGCUGCUGGUGAUCGGCUUUGCCAUCUGGGUGAUUUUGGACAAAAACAUGGGAGCUGACAGCAUCUAUGGCGCGGCGGUGCUGCUGGGAGCCGGGUCAGCCAUCAUCCUGGUUAUGUCUCUGUCCAUGACCGCCAAACUCAUCGGGGAGCAUACGCAAAGUGGAGCCUUUGUUUAUGGCUCAAUGAGCUUCACAGACAAAGUGGCCAAUGGCGUGGGAGUCAUUGUCAUCCAGAGCAUCAGGCCAUGCAGCACAGAGGCAUGCUGCCCAGCGUGUAUAUGGUUUUAUCGUGAUGUCAUGGCAACGGUAACUGGGGGCGUGGCUGUGGCUGCAGCACUUUGCCUGGUAACAAUUCUCAUCUGGCCAAUCAAGACCAGGAAAACUGCAUCAUAAUAAUAUAUUAUUAUUAUUAUUAAACUGUGCAUAUAUAGAUUUGACACAAUUCCAAUUGAUGUUAUAUACAAGUGUGCUUGAUGUCUUUUUGGAUGCCUUUAUAAUACUAAAUUAUAUUUGCGCACAAUUUACUUUGCUUUAUUUGUUGUUUUUACCGAGUAUUCUUGUUUUUUUUACAAGUGAAACAAAAUGUUAUAAGGUCAAAUGCAGUGAAUGAAUAUAUGUAACCUCAUUUCCCUGUGAAGUUGUACAGAUGAAAGACACAAUUUAAAUGUUUAUUUUCAAAGGAACUGACAUGCAACUAUGUACAAUUAAACACACUAAAGGCCAAACAAUAAAAGCUGUGAUUACAGUGUGACAGUAUGUUGAGUGUGACUGAAUAUCUGAGUGAAAGCGGAGUUAUUAGAAAUAACUCAGUUAGCCACAUUAAAAUCAAACAGCCAGACUUUACACAGGUCCACUGGGGGAAAAUAAGUAUUUGAUCCAUUGCCGAUUGUGUAAGUUUACCCCCCUACAAAAAUAUUAACAUGCCAGAAUUUUGAUGGCACAAUUAUUGUGACAGAGAGAGAUGGUAUGUAACUAAAAUAUAAUGUAAGGGGUGUACCCACUAGUGAGAUACUGUAUAAAAUAACUGUCUCAACAAAUGCAAUAUUGUGAUUGUAGUAUAGUUGCGUACUGGAUCAUACUUAUAAAAAAUUUAAAAUGAAGUAGUUAAAGUAUUAGAGACACCUGUCAGUGUGUUAUUUCUAAUUUGAAUGUGCUGGUGUAUGCUAUACAGUGAAAUGUGGCAAGGGGAUUAUUGUGAACCAUUGAAGGGAUUCAUUUGUAUAUUUGUUA